AUCCCGAAGUGAUUGGAGGAGAGGAAAACCCUUCCCCCCUGCACCUGACUAGUGGGUAUUUACAGCAGUUUUCAAGGCGCCUCUGCACUGCCGCUACACACAGCCGGAGUGGAUGGACUGCGCGGGGCAGGCACUGCGACAGGAACCGAUGCGCUCGCAGUGAUAGUGUGUGUGUGCGCGCGUGUGUGUGCUGCACACCCGGCGGGACCGCUACGCCGACCCACGAAGAGAGCCUGGGAGAAGGGGAAGCCUUGCAUCCAAAAUGCCGCGCUCCUUCCUGGUCAAGAAACAUUUCAAUUCAUCCAAAAAACCCAAUUACAGCGAGCUGGACACUCAUACAGUGAUUAUAUCCCCAUACCUGUAUGAAAGCUAUCCAGUCCCUAUCAUACCACAGCCAGAGAUCCUGAGCUCAGUAGCUUACAAUCCCAUUACUGUGUGGACUACAACCGGGCUGCUACCAUCUCCGUUACCCAACGACCUCUCUCCUCUUUCUGGAUACCCCUCAUCUCUGGGAAGAGUCAGCCCACCUCCACCUUCUGACACCUCCUCCAAAGAUCACAGUGGUUCAGAAAGUCCCAUUAGCGAUGAAGAAGAGAGAAUCCAGUCCAAGCUUUCAGACCCCCAUGCAAUUGAAGCUGAAAAGUUCCAGUGCAGUUUAUGCAACAAGACCUAUUCAACUUUCUCUGGCUUGGCCAAACAUAAGCAGCUGCACUGUGAUGCCCAGUCUAGGAAAUCGUUCAGCUGCAAGUACUGUGACAAGGAAUAUGUCAGCCUGGGAGCACUUAAGAUGCACAUCAGGACCCACACACUACCUUGUGUCUGCAAGAUCUGUGGCAAAGCUUUCUCUAGACCCUGGCUACUUCAAGGACACAUUAGAACUCACACUGGAGAGAAGCCGUUUUCCUGUCCUCACUGCAACAGGGCUUUUGCAGACAGAUCCAAUCUGAGGGCUCAUCUGCAGACCCACUCAGAUGUGAAGAAAUACCAGUGCAAAAAUUGCUCCAAAACUUUCUCCAGAAUGUCUCUUCUGCACAAACAUGAGGAAUCUGGCUGCUGUGUAGCACACUGAGUCAUGCAGUCAAUGUUUACCUGGACUCAAUGCAUUUCUCCACUCCUGUUCCAAAUGAUAAGUGGAAAUCCAAAGGCGUUUUCUCAUCUCCUUUUCAGCCAAAAAAAAAAAAAUAACUCCACAACCAAAUCACCACCAAACAAUAAAAAAAAAAUAGUGGAAGAACUUAGAAUGUCAGUAGAAAUGAGCUUUAAGUAGUUUCUGUUCAGUCACACAUCUGCCUUCUUAAGUGUGAAUUCUGAAAUAUGGGGAAAGACACCAUGCAUGACAUUUCAAGUAGAUCUAAAGGAAGAAGCAUUAUCGGCUUUCUUCAUAGAUGAAGCCAAAUGUAGGUUGUCUUUUCUUGCUUAGAAAAGGCUACAAAGUUAACAAUACAUUCCUGCCAAGCCAUUUCAACCAAAGAAACAGUAUUUUAAGUGGAACUCUCAGUAAAAAUACUACCCAAGUGAAUCUUGCUAGACACCAUUUGUCUCAGGUGCCUUAAAAAGUAUUCCGAGUUUACCUUAGUAAAUGUUUAAUAUUAUUCAUUGCUGUGUUUUUAUUUUAUUUUAUUAGAAGCCAAGGCCUUCAUUAAUGAUCCAAAAAGCUUUAAAACUGCGUAAUUAAGAGAAAAAAAAAACACAUGUAAGAGAAUGUAUGAAAAAUUGAAAGCCACAAAUUAACCGCAUGUGCCUUUUUUAAAGAAGAAAAAAAGACUGUAGCUUCACACAUUCCUGGUGCAUGCUUGACCACCUGUAACAUGGAAUAGUUCCUCUAAACUUUAAUCUUUCUUAAAAAACGGGAAUAAGUGCAAGAGAGGGGUUCAUGGGAGUUUGACAAUUAUUUUUUUUAAAUGCACAAAGGAAAUGCAAUAUUUUCAGCAUUACCCCUCCAAGUGCCUUUUUUUAUUGAUGAUUUUGUAAAGUAUGUGGACAUAAUGUAAAUAUUUUUAUUUUUAUAUGAUUGAAUGUGUCAUGAAUGAAAGCGAAUUGUUGCCUAUAGCAGCAUCUAUAGAUAACUUGAAGAAAGUGUGAAGUGAAAUUUAUGUUGUUUUCUAGCCACUUUUUUACAAUAAACAUUUUUAAGUAAGA